GCCUCCUCCGCGAUUCUGGUUCCAGCGGAGCCUCAUGGACGCGGAGAUGGAAAUCCCGAGGCUGCUCCCGGCUCGCGGGUCGCGACAGGGCGGCCGCGCUGGCAGCCCCGGGGGCGGCGGCCGGAUCCACGGAGGUCCUGACCCGCGAGCCGGCCAGGCCCCCGCGCGCCGCCUCCUGCUGCUCCGGGGCCCCCAAGAUGGCGGGCCCGGGCGGCAGCGUGAGGUGGCCAGCGCGGCCUCCCCGGGCCCGGGCCCUAGCCCGUUGGUGCCGAGGCCCGAUCACGCUGGCGGUGGCGGUGGCGGCGGCGGCGGCGGCGGCGGCGGCGGCGGCGGCGGCGAUGGCGAUGGCGAUGACUUCUUCUUGGUGCUGCUGGACCCGGUGGGUGGAGACGUAGAUUCCACGGGCGCCAGCCAGGCCGCAGGGCCCCUAUGGAGGGAGGAGGCCGGGCUGGGCCCACGAUUCCAUGGGCACGAAAGCGGCGCGAACCCCGAGGGCCGCCCUGCGCUGGGCCCCAGCUCCCUGUCCGCUAUCCGCGCCCCAGUCCCGGCCCUGGCCCGGAUUCCCGCCCCAGUCCUGAGCCCCGCCGCGGCCUUCGCGGGCACCGUCACCAUUCACAAACAAAACCUGCUGUUGCGCUUCGAGAACGGCUUCCUCACCCUGGCCACGCCCCCGCCGCCAGCCUGGGCGCCUGGGGUCGCCCCUGUCCCGCAGCUCGGGGGUCUGAUCGCCCCGCAAGCGGGGAUCCCGCACGCCGCGCAGCCUGGGGACUGUCCCGAGCUGCUGCCCGACCUCCUGCUGGCCGAGCGGGCCGAACCCGCGCCCGCCCCAGCUCCCGAGGAGGAGGCGGAGGGCCCGGUUGCUGCUGAGAGUCCCCGCGGGCCGCUAGGCCCGGGCCAGGGCGUGGUGCUGUACCUGUGUCCUGAGGCGCAGUGCGGACAAACCUUUGCCAAGAAGCACCAACUGAAGGUGCACCUGCUGACGCACAGCAGCAGCCAGGGCCAGCGGCCCUUCAAGUGCCCCCUGGGCGGUUGCGGCUGGACCUUCACCACCUCGUACAAGCUCAAGAGGCACCUGCAGUCACACGAUAAACUGAGGCCCUUUGGCUGCCCGGCAGAGGGCUGUGGCAAGAGCUUCACCACGGUGUAUAACCUCAAAGCACACAUGAAGGGCCAUGAGCAGGAGAACUCAUUCAAAUGCGAGGUGUGUGAGGAGACCUUCCCCACGCAGGCCAAACUCAGCGCCCACCAGCGCAGCCACUUCGAACCUGAGAGACCCUACCAGUGUGCAUUUUCGGGCUGCAAGAAGACGUUUAUCACAGUGAGUGCCCUGUUUUCCCAUAACCGCGCCCACUUCAGGGAACAGGAACUCUUUUCCUGCUCCUUUCCUGGCUGCAGCAAACAGUACGACAAGGCUUGUAGGUUGAAAAUUCACCUUCGGAGCCACACUGGUGAGAGACCUUUCCUUUGUGACUUUGAGGGCUGUGGCUGGAACUUCACCAGCAUGUCCAAACUCCUUAGGCACAAAAGGAAGCACGACGAUGACCGGAGGUUCAUGUGUCCUGUAGAAGGCUGUGGGAAAUCUUUCACGAGGGCCGAACAUCUGAAAGGCCACAGCAUAACCCACCUGGGCACAAAGCCUUUUGUGUGCCCCGUGGAAGGCUGCUGCGCCAGGUUCUCUGCUCGCAGUAGUCUCUACAUUCACUCCAAGAAACACUUGCAGGAUGUGGACACUGGGAAAAGCCGAUGCCCAGUCUCCACUUGUAAUAAAUUCUUCACAUCCAAGCACAGCAUGAAGACCCACAUGGCCAAAAGGCACAACCUGCGCCAGGAUCUCUUAGCUCAGCUAGAAGCUGCAAAUUCUCUUACGCCCAGCAGUGAACUUACCAGCCAAGGGCAGAAUGACCUCGGUGAUGCAGAGCUUGUGUCUCUCUUCUCUGAUGUGCCCGGUAAUACUUCUGCUGCCGUGUUGGACACCGCAUUGGUGAACUCUGGGAUCUUGACUAUUGAUGUGGCUUCUGUGAACUCAACUCUGGCAGGGAACCUCCCUGUUAAUAAUAAUUCCUUAGGGCAGGUGGUGGACCCUCAGGCCUUGAUGGCCACCAGUGACCUUCCUCAAAGUCUGGAUACCUCACUCUUCUUUGGAACGACAGCCGCUGGUUUUCAGCAGAGUCCCUUAGAUACAGAUGAUGUCUCAAGUCUAAGUGUGGGGCCUUCAGGAUCUCUGAGCUCUUUGUCUAUGAAAACCUCGAGUCAAGAGCCCCAAGCUUUGACCCCCAGCAGUAAGCUAACAGUAGACACAGACGCUCUGACUCCUUCGAGCACCCUUUGUGAAAACAGUGUCUCAGAACUACUGCCGCCAACCAAAACGGAAUGGAACGUACAUCCUGAUUCUGACUUCUUUGGACAGGAGGAAGAAACCCAGUUUGCAUUCUCCAAUCCAGCAGGAAAUCAUGGGUCUCAGAAAGAAACAGAUCUUAUUACAGUGACUGGCAGCUCAUUUUUGGUAUGAACUAAACUCUAUCCAUUCCUUGCCACAUGGCUUACUUUUAUUGAUGACACUCAAUUUUAAGAGUAUUCUGGACUAAAUGUUUAAAUGCAGUCAUUUCUUAUAGGUUUGAAAAAGAACAGAGCCCUGGGCUACAAGUUUGGAGAUUUAAAUUCUGAUCUUGAGUCUGGAACUGACAGAUUGUGUGACCCUGAGCAAGUCACUUAUCCUAUCUGAGCCUUAAUUUCCUUAUUUAUAAAAUGAGGUGGUUUGAAUAGAUUGUUUCUAAGGUCAUUCCAGCUCUAUUUUCAUCAUUUUGUGCUCUUCCUUGAAAAUUUUAAGACCUUUUAAAAUGAUUAACAAUUGCAUGUGCUCCUAAUGUAAUGAAAAACGCAUUGAGAGUUAAUGAUAUGAGAAGAUGUAACUGGUGUUUAACUUUAAAAAUUUAAUGAAAAUUUUACACAGUGCUAAAAUGUUUCUAAAAUCUUGUGGUGAGCUUAAAAAGGAAGAAAGCUGAAAAUCUGGGUUGGUUCUUUUUACCUGUUUAUCUUUGUAGCCUCUUUUUUUUUUUUUUUUUUUUGAUGGAAGACUGUGUUGGGGAAAGUCCCAGUAAUUUGAUGAGACUCAGGCUCAGAAAUACUGACUUUGUGGUGUUGAAUAAGUGGCCUUAUUAAGUCAUUUCCUCUCACUAACCCUCAGUUCCCUAGGUGUAAAGCUGUUAUUUUAAUUUACACAUACCUGAUGCAUUGUAGACUUCUUCUCUCCUAGUAGUUAGGUAUGGAGAGAAAAAUGUUUUGUAUUUUGGCUGUUUUAGUGAAUUUUUACACCUUUCCUGUCCCUCUUAUUCCCUUCCUCAAAGAAAUUAGCAUAAUUUAACACCAUGCUCAUGUGCAGGCACUAAUGCUUUAUGCAGGUUAAGAAACAGAAAAGGGAAUCUCUUUCUUCCACAGAUUAAGGAUUUUUCUCCACACUAUUCUCUGACUUUGCCAACUUUGCCAGUGUCUUUACUCUUGCAUUCAAAGCCAUCCUAUAGAGUGACCGGAGAGCCUGUGGUUCCAAGGAAAUCUGGGAAUAGGCCAGAGUAAGGUUUUUCUCCCCUCUGUGCCCUGGAGAGCUCAUUGUUUGCCUUCUCCCAGAGUUGGAAUGAGAGUUUUACUUUGCAUUUUGAGUAAAUAUUGUCUGUCUUACUUGAGUAUAGCAUUUUACAGUUUAUGUAGCACUUUCACAACUGUUAUAUUUGAUCUUCACAAUAUUUUAAGAGUUAUGGAAAAAUUUCAACUAUAAGACAUAUUAAAAUUUACCUAACUCUUGCUUAGUAACUCUUGUGUGUGUGUGUGUGUGUGUGUGUGUAUGCACAUCAACUUUCAUUCUACUCUUCUGAGUUUCAUGAUGACUUUGUUUAUAACCACUUGUUCCAUUCCACAUUAACAUAUGUCUCUUACCUUCUGCCAGCUCUGCUCCCUCUCCAACCUAUUCUCUAGCAUGUCCACUCCAUUCCUUGCCAUGAUCUCUCUUUUUUUUUUAAAUUAGGUAAGCCUUUUUCAUGGUCACCAUCUCUCAGCCAUUCAGGACAUGGCCCAUUUUUCAGUCCCAAUAUUUACUGCAAGUCUGAGUGUGCAUUAAGAAAUUAUUUUCUGGAUUUAGAGGUCAGUGUGUUUAUAUAUGAAUCAAGUAAUAAUGGAAAUGUUUUAUAUAAGGUUUUAUGAGACAUGUAGUUCUUCUAUUCUUCUAAAAUUUUUAAUGUAGUUCGGCUAGCAAACACUAUUAGUUGCUGUGAAAUAUUCUAACCCAGUACUGUUUGUAUGUACAUUUGUCGAUAACAAUUAUAGCAGUUUGGCAGUGCACUUUAUAAUUUGCCAUUUUGAAAUGCAUCUGUACUGUCUAAUUUUUAAAUUGGUUGUACUCAUUCAGUGAAAAAGCAAAAAGUAUACAUAAAUUUGAAAUCCAAAGAAAUGGUCAGAGUGUGAUUUUUUGUAACCGUUUAACAGUUCUCCCUCAGCAUUUUGGAAGGAUUUUUAAGCCCAUUUUAGAAAUGUGUUGUCAUUAGUUAAGUCCUCUUAAAUAAGUUAUUCUCCUUUUCCUACAGAUUGGAAUGCAGAAAUCCCAGGUGAACAUGCAGGCCUUAAGCAUCUGUUAAUAUAUAUAACCAUAAAAAUAUUUUAAAAUCCUGUCAUUUUGUUUCUUCAAUCCCUCAUUAAAAACAAUCAUGCUUUUGUUCUAUUCUGUGGAAUUGUCAAAGGAAAGAUUUUACUUUUCUUGAAGAUAAAAAUCUUGUAAUUAUUUAUGGGCCCACAUGGUUUCUUUCAGUCAAUUUGUUCAAAAGAUUUCCCAUUCAAUACCAUUUUUCCAACAUGAUGGUGAAAAUAGCAUGAAGUUACAGUCAAAAGUAUCAGUACAAACAUAAUGGUUACAUUUUUGUUAGUGUUGGCAUAAAUUUGCCAUUUAAAAAAAUGGGGUAUGGUUUAAUGUUAUCUCACUUGCUUUUUGUGCUUCUUCAGUCCUUGGUUUAUUAAAAUUUUGCCAAUUGAAAACACAGUAACAAAAUACUUUGCAGGAAGGUUUGCAUCCAGGGGACUCUUGAACAUAUGAAUAUCAUGAGUUAAAAUACCUUUAUUUUGACAUUUUUACCCUGGUCUCAUUAUAGUAUUACAUAAUUGAAAGGCUUGAGUAGUAGAAGUGAAACUUGAUAGAAUAUGAGGGUCAUUUUUCUCUGGAUUAAAUACUUCAUAUUCCCAUCCAGCAAAAAUGAGAGAAGGGUAUUUAUGACUGUUCCUUGAUUCCAGAUAAAGCAUUGAUUAAUUGCCUGUUUGGGAAUAUCCAUAAUCCCUUAGUAAUUACUGAUAUCAAACAGAUCCAUUUGAUGAUUCGGUAAUAAUAAAACCUAAUUUAGAUGCAGCUCAUUCAAAAUAUUGAUAAUAGUGAUAAUUGAAAUAUAAGGCUGAGCUGAAAUUUAUGUAAUUUAUGUUUUUGAACAAAAGAUUUGUUUAGCAAUACAUUAGAAAGUGAAAUGUGUUUUGCACAUUUAGAGAACAGGUUAUCAAGCACUUUGUCAGACCACAACUAUAUAUUAAAAGCAAAGCACUCAUUACAAAUGAAUUUUUUAUAUUUUUCAAAUCUGAUUUGAUUUGGUAACAAUUUUUAAGCUAGGGACCUCAUUGUAUAUUCCGAGUAAUUUACUGACUAUAUACAAAAAUACAAGGUAGAAGAGUACUAAGGAUGUAGAUAAGAGGUAUAAAAUGUGAGCUACUUCUUAAUUUUGGAGAGGACAUAGGAAUUAAAUAUUUCACAUCUAAACAAUAUCAGCAAGCAUGUUUUCAGACACUGACUUAAUGGCUUGGAGGGAAAGGAGGGGCAGUAGCUAUGCUUUAAUGGAUGGCUAGAUUUAGUUACAUAGAUAAGAGAAUAGGUGAAUUCCAGCCAGGAAAAAAAAAGCACAAGGAAAGAAUUUGAAAUGGAAUUGGCCACACAACACGGAAAGACAACCUAGCUCAAAUGCAGGACGCCUGUUUGAUAAGUGCUAAGUGUUAGGCUUAGACUGCCAAUAUGGAGCCAAUCUGAAGAGUUAAGAAAACCAGUCACAGUGGAUAGGACUUUAUUCUGGACAUGGUUAAGAGUCAGUGAAGAUAUUUAAGAAGAGAAGUCAAAUGAUGAAUAUAUAGAAAGUUUAAUAUAGUAGACAUGUACAAUGUGAAUUUGAUGAGGAGAGAUGAUAGGAAAAUCAUUUAGGAGUCUAUUGUAAUAAUUUCAGGGUUCUGUGAUGAAGGUUUGGACUGGGGUUGUGGCAGAAAAGGACAGAUUGGAGAUGUUUCUAAAUUGGAGAAACAAAUAUAACUUGGUGACUCACUGAAUAUAUGAAACAUUUAUGAGAAAAAGGAAGAUCAGAAAUGACUCUAAAGAUUUUUUUUGUUGAAACUAAAAAUUACAUUUCUUUAACAUGAACAAUAGUUUGGGUAUUGAAGUCUUUUCAAGAAUAUAUAUUGAAAGAUAAUUAGUUCAGGCCAUGUUUAAUUUAUUGGGAAGUGAUAAAUCAGUUAUCCCUGAACAAACUAUACAUAUUGUGGAUUAUACACACCGCUAGACAGUGAGUGCCAUUUCAUCUCCCUUGGCUCCCUCAUGUAUUCUCAGAUUUAUAUUCAACGUUUGUACUCUUGUUUGCCUUUGAGUAUUUACAGGCCUCUUCAACCUCAUACAAUAUCCUCCCAGAAUACACUGCGUCAAAAUGAGCUAUGUCACCUUUGUCUGACAGUUCUUUCUUACUACUACUCUCUUCCCUACUAUGGAUAUUCAACGGAUGUUUUAUGUGGUACUUAGUAAUAUAAUAAAUCAUUUCUCCAGAAUUUGGAGCCAUGGUACUUAGUCAUUAAUUUCAAUAGUUCCUCAAUAUAAACUGCAAAAUUGAAUUUUACCUGUAUUUUUCUCAGAUUGGAAGUGAUAGGGCUAGAAUCGUCCAAAAAUAACUUCCAUGUGAUCCUUGGGUCUCCUUACUCAUAAUCCCCUCUGUGACUAACUAAUGUGGUGUGGGAACUCAGUCACAGGGAUCACAUCCUCUCUUAUUUACAUACCCUAGCAUAUUUUCUCCUUUUUCUCGUUACUCUUACCACUAAUGGUGAUAACUCAGGAGGAAUGGAGUCCAAAGAAAGAGUGAGAGAGUAAAUAAGUAGCAUAAAUAACUACCUAACAAUUACAUUUUUUUGAUGGUGAAUUUUGCUGUCCUGCAUUGUCGACAGAAGGCUUCAUCUCAUUCUAAUUUUCUGCUGACAUUUAUGGACCUGAAAAACACUUGGCCUACAGAAAACAAUUCAUCGUUUUAAACAAAGCCAGACAAUGAUUCUUAACACUAAUAAACUGUGAAUCCCUUAGGAAUAUCUCGUAUUGUUAUCAGCUUAUUAAGAAGCUGGUAAUUAUUGAGUGCCUACUCUGUGUGAGAUACUAUAAGGUUUAAAACAAAAGCAUAUUUUAUCAAUUCAUUCAAACAAACAUUUUUGAGCACAUAUUUGACAAUUUCUGUUGUUAUGCUCACAAACAUUAUUAUCUAGACAGAGAAAGAAAAUCUCAAGCAAUGAAAAAUAAUAUAUAAUCAAGUUCUAAAUGGUUACAUUUUGGAAUAAUAAAGGAUUAAAUAUUAGCUGUCAUUCUUAGAGUAUGGACUAAAAAUCGUGAUAAGGAAAAAUUCAAUGCACAGAUUAUCAAAGGUAUUUCCAAAAAUUCUAAGAAUCUAAAAUUUAAUCUGGCAUACAGCAGUUAGAUUAAACUAUCCUAAAUUAAAAUUUAAACAAAAAUUUGAGUGAUAGCUUAAAUAAUUAUAGCAAAAUUCUUUGGUAAAUAACUUUUAAAUUAUGCUUUAUUUUUAUUUAUUCUAAAUUGGAA